AUUCCAGAUAGUGCUCUUUUGGAAUGGUUAUGAGCUCGGUAGAUUUGACACUGUCAUCGUCAGACUCCAAAAGCCGUUCUUCCUCCCAUUCCUCCAGGUUCUGGGAGGUUACGUUCAGCAGCUCCGAAGUCUUCUUGGUCAGAUUUAUCCGAAUGAUAGGAUCCCUCUUCUCUUCACGUGUUGGAGUGUAGUUUCCUACAUACUCCAGUUGCUUUUCCUUCCCUAUUUUAAUUUUUGUUUGGGCCAAAAAACAGUUUUUUGACGUAGCGUUCUCACGCACGUCUGACCCGUCCGCCAUCUUGUUUAUCGUGAAGAACCAUACGUGAAGACUACACAGCUACUGCCAAGGAGGAAGUCUUUGACGAGAAAAGAAAGAGACUCAUCCUAAAGCUCUUUCUGAGAGGUGUUUGCGUCAAAAACUUUGGAAAAUAAGAACUCAUGUCCAACUAAGUUGCUCUCGGAUGGAGGGAGUGUCGCUCGAAUCGUCCUUCCAUUCAGGACCGUCAGGGCCUUCUCGCCGGCCUCACUGCACGGCCUCAGCCGCAGGCCACUUCCCCCCAAAACCAAGAACGCCAUGUACGGAAUGAACGGACGAGGUAAAGGAGUGUAUACCAGGGACACCGAGCAGCCCAACUUCGCCAAGCAGCCGAAGAUGUCGGACUGGUGCAUGAAGUGCAAGGCCGCGGCGCAAGAGGCCUGCCGCCGCAGGCACCAGUACCGGGUGCUGGACAUGGACGCGGCGGAGAGGAGCGCCCAGGCCAAGCUGCAGGACGCGCUGCGGAAGGCGGAGCGGCAGCAGGCGCACCUGGAGGCGCUGGCCAAGGCCCGCGUGCUCACGGGCCCCGUCCUGGUGGCCGAAGUCGCCGGCGUGGACCGAGAACACCAGGGCUGGGAGGUCAGCGGCGGCGACAUCCGCAUCGCGCUGGCCGCCACCAAGGAGCUCACCGGCGAGGACAAGCAGCUGCUCUGCGCGGCGCUCGAAGGCGUGGAAGUGGACUACGAAGUGGACGAGACCGAGUCCACCGUCGCGUUCACGUCCCUGGGACGAGUCGUUUCUGCCAGCCUCAAGGACAAGCUCCGCGACUGCGUGGAGGGCCAGGCGGCGCGGCAGGGCGACGUGCUGCUGAGCGCCGACGGGCGCCUGGAGGUGUUCUUCAGGGACAUGCCGUCGAGGGGCGGGCACGGCACCAAGGUGUUGGGCCGCGUGGAGGAAGAGGACGAGGACGGCAACGGCCUGUGCUCCCUGGAAGGCAGUGGCUGCGACGGCCGGGACGACGCGAGUGUUCGGUCAGGCUGGGGGGACGAAUGCUGGGCCCAGAGCUGGAGCUGUUUCUGCAGGGGCGGCGGCACGGCCUCCACCACCCUCAGCAAGGUGCGGUUUGAGGCCUGAGGACGCCAGUGGGAGCCUCUCAGUUCUUGCAGCCGGCUGAUUCGCAACUUUUUCAGUCCUCGUUGAUUUUGUGAAGAAUUCUCGUCGACGUUUUGGUGCAAGUAGGCUGUAACUGUAUUCUCAUUGCUGUACUUCUGUCAUCAUGGUCGUGACCGGUAACGGUUGCUUAAUUGCUCGGUCUGUUCCGUUUGACUAUUUCAUCGACACGGAAAGUUCUUCGCGUCAUUGAAUUUCAGUUUUAUUGUACCCUGCCCAAAAUGUACCUCUGACGUGUACUAAUCACUGUAUUAAACAUCCUUUAAAUCAA